GCAGUGAAUGAGGCUGGAGACACUCCCCUCUCCCUUGAGUGUUCCCGUGGUGACCUGGAGAUGGUCAAGGCUCUCAUCAACAAGCAUGUUGAUCCAAAUAAGCCGGUCAACAAGGCUGGUGACACUCCACUCUCUCUGGCCUACAAAAACAGACACUUGGAGAUUAUCAAAUAUCUCGCUCAAGAACAUCAGUGUGACCCAAAAUUUGCAGUGAAUGAGGCUGGAGACACUCCCCUCUCCCUUGAGUGUUCCCGUGGUGACCUGGAGAUGGUCAAGGCUCUCAUCAACAAGCAUGUUGAUCCAAAUAGUAAGUGUUUAUCAGUGCUGUUACGUUGUUGAUAUUGGUCUUCCACAGAGCCAGUCAACAAGGCUGGUGACACUCCACUCUCUCUGGCCUGUGCUAAUGGCCACUUGGACA